GGCCCCGCUUCUCCUCAGCCGCCGCCGCCGCCGAGGCCCCGGACGCCCCAUGGCGUCGGACAGCGACACGGAGGAGUUCUACGACGCCCCAGAGGACGUGCACCUCGCCGCCGGACCCUUCCCCGACCGGUCUCCAGCCGAGGUGGAGGUGUGCUCGUUGAAGGAACCCGAGGGGCUUACGUGCGUCGGAGGCGAUGCCCUGAUUGCAGAGCUGAAGCCAGACGAUUCUACCAAGAUCAUCGCCAGUAUUAUCGAAGAAAGCCAGAAGGGCAGACUGGAUGAACAGCCAUUGGACCUGAAGGUGAGCGGGCUGUCCGAGGGGCUGGCGGCGCCAAGCACCUUGCCGGCCACCACAGACCUCUUGAACGACAUUCCCGGGCUCUUCGCCGCGGAGCCGGUAGAUCGAGGUUACGUCGAAGAGCCUCCGCUGGGUCAGAACUCACAUGAGGAAACUGACGUCAAAACUGGAAAAACUCCUCUUCCCUCCGAAGACCCCGCUGAGAAGCAAGUGGGAGACAGCGAUCGAGCCCCGGAAAUCACCAGCCUGCACGAUGACGCUGGAGCUACGGAGCCUGCGGCGGUCCCGGGGGUGGGCACGGGUGACGGGGCCGGCGGGCCCGGGCGGACGGACCUCUCAGAGCGGGCGGCCCCCGGCUGCCCGGCUCCCGGAGAGGGGAUCUCGCCCGCUGAAGGGCCGGGUCCCGCCAAACCCCGCCGUCACCAGUCCGUGGAACCGGACAUAGUGGCCAGCACCAAGAAGCCGGUUCCGGCUCGACCGCCCCCUCCCACCAACGCCCCGCCUCCCCGGCCCCCCCCACCUGUACGGCCGGCUCCACCCCCUCGGAAAAAGAAAAGCGAGUUGGAUUUCGAAGCCCUUAAAGCACCCGCUCUGGAAGUUCCGAGAGAAGCGUUUCCGCCUGGAGGCCUCUUACCGUCAGCUAUGGCCUCAGAAGGUGGCCCCAGAGACUCGGCCCCGUCUCUGGACCUGGCCAGCGCGACCAGUGGAGACAAAGUAGUGACGGCCCAGGAGAAUGGACGAGUGCCCGACGCCCAGACGUUAGCAAGUGAUCUGCUCGGCCCUCAGAGACCCAGGUCCAACUCCGGACGAGAGCUCACGGAUGAGGAAAUCUUGGCCAGUGUGAUGAUCAAGAACCUGGACACCGGAGAGGAGAUCCCCCUGAGCCUGGCCGAGGAGAAGCUGCCCACAGGCAUCAACCCCCUGACCCUGCACAUCAUGAGGAGGACCAAGGAGUACAUCAGUAAUGAUGCAGCUCAAUCAGACGAUGAAGAAAAACUCCAGUCGCAGCAGACGGACACAGAUGGUGGAAGGUUGAAACAGAAAACGACUCAAUUGAAAAAAUUUCUGGGAAAAUCGGUGAAGAGAGCAAAGCAUCUUGCCGAGGAAUACGGGGAGCGGGCUGUAAAUAAAGUUAAGAGUGUGAGAGAUGAAGUGUUCCAUACCGACCAGGACGACCCUUCCUCAAGCGACGACGAAGGGAUGCCCUACACCAGGCCGGUUAAAUUCAAAGCGGCCCAUGGCUUUAAGGGGCCGUAUGACUUCGAGCAGGUCAAAGUGGUCCAAGAUCUCAGCGGGGAGCACAUGGGAGCCGUGUGGACCAUGAAGUUUUCUCACUGCGGCCGACUGCUUGCUUCGGCCGGGCAAGACAACGUAGUGAGGAUCUGGGUUUUAAAAAACGCUUUCGACUAUUUCAACAACAUGCGCUUGAAGUACAACACGGAAGGACGUGUGUCCCCUUCACCUUCUCAGGAAAGUCUGAAUUCUUCCAAAUCGGACACAGACGCAGGGGUCUGCAGUGGAGGUGAUGAAGACCCCGAUGAUAAAAACGCACCGUUUCGUCAGCGGCCGUUCUGCAAAUACAAAGGUCACACGGCGGAUCUCCUCGAUCUUUCGUGGUCCAAAAACUACUUCUUGCUUUCUUCUUCCAUGGACAAAACGGUCAGACUCUGGCACAUUUCCAGAAGAGAGUGCCUCUGCUGUUUCCAGCACAUAGACUUUGUCACCGCCAUUGCUUUUCAUCCACGAGACGACAGGUACUUCCUGAGCGGCUCGCUGGAUGGGAAGCUGCGACUCUGGAACAUCCCCGACAAGAAAGUGGCGCUGUGGAACGAGGUGGAUGGGCAGACCAAGCUGAUCACGGCGGCCAACUUCUGCCAGAACGGCAAGUACGCCGUCAUCGGCACCUACGACGGCAGGUGCAUCUUCUACGACACCGAGCACCUGAAGUACCACACGCAGAUCCACGUGCGCUCCACCAGGGGACGGAACAGGGUCGGGAGGAAAAUUACCGGCAUCGAGCCGCUGCCCGGAGAAAACAAGAUCCUGGUGACGUCCAACGACUCCCGCAUCCGACUGUACGACCUGAGAGACCUGUCGCUGUCCAUGAAAUACAAAGGCUACGUCAACAGCAGCAGCCAGAUCAAAGCCAGCUUCAGCCACGAUUUCACGUUCCUGGUCAGCGGCUCGGAGGAUAAAUAUGUUUACAUCUGGAGCACGUACCACGACCUGAGCAAGUUCACUUCGGUGCGGAGAGACCGGAACGACUUCUGGGAAGGGAUCAAAGCGCACAAUGCCGUGGUGACUUCAGCCAUCUUCGCUCCAAACCCAAGCUUGAUGGUGUCCUUGGAAAUGCAGCCCGAGAAGCAGGAUACUGACGAGCAAGGGGAGGAUUCAGCAGAGCCAGAGCCAAUACCUUCUGGUGCCCUGAAGACGGACCACACGGAAGUCCUCUUGUCAGCUGACUUCACCGGGGCCAUCAAGGUCUUCGUCAAUCGCAAGAAAACCACGUCGUGAGGACGGACCGCGGCCUCCCCCCCCCAGCCCCGGGGCGCGCCGCCGCCGCGGGCACGGGCCGACCCAAGAGUGCGGGAGCGUUGCUGGCGGCGCGGGUCCGCCGGGCCGACCCCCGGGGGGCCGGAGGGAGGUCACGGGACUGGGGACCCCCGGCCGGUCAGGAUGUGUCCUGGUGCCGUUACCCAGGCCCCGCCGUCCCAUGCUGGGUUUGUGUUGUACGUCUGUCCGUCCGACUGUCUGUCUGUUCGCGCUUGCCGUUGUGAACCUGCACGCAGAGGUGUUUCUCUAUUAACCAGUCCCGUGCCCGGGGCUCCACACACGCACACCACCCCUUGCCGUGCUCUCCCACGGGCGGGUUGGGAAACCGCAGCUGGGUAACGGCCCUGGGCCGCCGGGCCCCGGGGAUGCGGGUUUCUGCUUCCCUGCUCGCCGAGCUCCAUCUUCUGUUGCCUCGAAGCUCUUCGGCAGGCCUCGGGUGGGGUCGGUUUCUCUUCGGGGAAAGCCUGCCGUUAGCCACGGGGAACGUUUUUAUCCAUCGUGCAAUUUGCGGACUGAUUUUUUUUCGUCCCGGUCGUUGUGGAUUUUAGAUUCUUUUCUGUGUCCGUGCGGCAGGGGCAGGGGGAGGCCGACGGGGGUCGGUGUGGGUGCGGGUGCGCGUACAGCCACACGCCCACAGAGUUUUGUUCGUCCGUUGGAGCACAGCGUCUCUUAAGUGAAGAAUUCUCUUUCAUUCCUUGUCCGUGGGCUCGGGCUCGGCUCCCCCUCAGACCCUACCCUGCAUUAGCAAUGAUUCUUAUUUUCUAGAACAAUGUACAAAGAAGUUUACAUAUUUUUUUUAAGGCGUUGUAGUCGAAAACCAACGUAGCCGUCGUGGUGUGAGCCGUUGAAUUUGACCGUCUCUGUAAAUACCGACCUCCCGUACCGAUGACGUCGCGCCUGGGCCCGCCCGCCCGCCCACCCACGGGCCGCUACCGACGGUCGGGAAACGUUUCUGAAAAUAACAGUGCGUCCUUACCAGA